AAUGGGAUUGUAUGAUAUUUAUAUUUAAUAUCUAGGGAUAUCAAGAUGAGAUUAGUAAUGAGUAACACAUUCAUGUCACUAGUCAUAGUUUGCAAUCUUGCAUAUUAUUCAUAUUUGAAAGAGAAUGAUGAUAAUCAUACUAAAGCAGCUUCAUUAAUUACAAACAUACCUACAUCUGACCCUGAUAAAUAUUCAAGCUAUUUGAGUCUCUCUAUUGCCGCCUUUUGCUUGAUGUUGGUAGGAUUUUUGAUUGGAAUGGUUCAGCCAUUUUUAAAAUAGGCAGCACUCACCUAUGUUUAAGCUUUAUUAAUAUUAACAGGAUAUGUAUGUUUAUUUGCAGGAAUGUUUAUACUUGACUCGUUCUCAUAUGGAUUUAAAGAUGGUGAGAACUUCAAUUAUUAAGUGGCUGAAUUUUUUGCAAUAGGGGGGGUUUUUAUAUAAGGAAUGGUAAAUUCAUGGAGACAAAGAUCUGUCAGUUGAA